AUGAAAAUUUCAAGAUUCAAUUGCCACUGCGGCGAUUGCCGACAAAAAGGCUCGGGUCAAAAAACCAUUUCUCCGCUUUCCUGGCCUAGCGAUCUUGAAUUGGAAGCGGCUUUUUUCGUUGACGACGUCCUGAAAUUCCGCAUCAAAGGAGAGGACCAUGAGGGCAUGAUUCCGGGAGAAGUUCUCAGAAAAUUUGUCAGAGACGAAGUCGCUCGAACAAAAGCAGCGACGAAAAUGAUAUACGAGCGAAUCACGAAUCCCGAAGUUGAUUUCUUGGAGCUUGAAAACGAAGCAGGAAAACACGCGCUUACCAAAAAUGUGAUGGAGGACGGCUACUGCGUGAUCAAAGGCUGCGAGAGUAAGAUUGCACCACCUGUCACGACUCUUUACGGAGUGACGCAGGAAAUCAAGAAUGGGCCGAAUCCGAUAAAUAUUGCGCUUUCGGGCAUCUAUCUCGGCCCGCACAUGGACUAUCCUUACAUGGAAUCGCCACCAGGAGUUUCUUUCAUGCUUUGUAGAAGAAACGACGAAUGCGUCGAAGGUGGCGAAUCAAUCAUGAUCGACGCAUUCGAAGUUGCGGAAGAGUCCGAUAUCAAAAUCCACUGGGAUCGAGACGAUCCUGUCUACAUCGAAUGGGAACAGCCGCAUAUCGUCGUUGACGGCGAAGGAGUCAUCACGAGGAUCAACUGGGGACCAGCAUUUGAAGGAAAAAGCAAAAAUGUUUCGAUGACGAGCGAGUACUUGAAGGCGUACAGAUUUUUCAUGGAGAAAGUAAACGAGUCUCCGACAAAAACAAUCAGAAAACUUGACGCUGGUGAAUGUCUUGUGGCUUAUUUGAAUAUCUGCGAGUUCCGUUCGAAAGCGCAAAUUCAUGAGAUAACCCAAGGCGAUGGUCAGCUCGUCAAGAUGAUUUGA